GUCUUUCAGUAUUCCCGUAGAUUUUCCCAGAGAUUUUCCGAAUCCGGCGGCGGAAAUCAGAAUUUUUUUUUCCGGAAGCUACUGUAAUGGGAAGAGGAAGACAAAGAGGUCGUUCUCAGAGGAAGCAUUUCAAAGAAAGCAGAGAGAAUGUCUGGAAACGUCCCAAAUCCGAUGAUACCGUCGACGCUUCCGGCAACGCCGUUCCGGAAAAACCCACCUGGGAACCGAUUUUGACUGAUAACCCUAAUUUCGAGGAAUAUUACAAGGAACAAGGGGUAGUGAAAGCAGAAGAGUGGGAUUUGUUCAUGGAGAUUCUUCGUAAACCUUUGCCUGCUGCGUUUAGGGUUAACUCCAAUAGCCAAUUUUGCGAUGAUAUUAUAUCGAUCUUGGAGAAUGACUUCGUGAAAUCUCUUCAGGCACAGGCCAUAGAAGAUGGUGAAUUAGAGGCUAUUAAGCCCUUGCCUUGGUAUCCGAAGAAUCUCGCUUGGCAUUCUAAUUUUUCUCGAAAGCAGAUUAGGAAAAAUCAGACACUCGAGAGGUUUCAUGAAUUUCUGAAACUAGAAAAUGAAGUUGGAAACAUGACCAGGCAGGAAGCUGUUAGCAUGGUACCUCCUCUCUUCCUCGACGUACAUCCAGAUCAUUUCGUACUUGACAUGUGUGCUGCUCCGGGUUCCAAAACAUUUCAGCUGCUUGAGAUUAUACAUGGAGCAUCAGAACCAGGAACUCUACCUAAUGGAAUGGUGGUGGCUAAUGAUGUCGAUUUCCAAAGAUCUAACCUUCUUAUUCACCAAACAAAGCGAAUGUGCACAGCCAACUUGAUAGUGACUAAUCAUGAAGGGCAACAGUUUCCCGGUUGCCGCUUGAACAAAUCCCGAGCUUCCGAGAAAGGAUUAAGUGAAGAUAUGCCCAUCAAUCAACUUUCCUUUGACCGUGUUCUUUGCGAUGUUCCAUGCAGUGGUGAUGGUACACUGCGCAAGGCUCCAGACAUCUGGCGAAAAUGGAAUUCUGGAAUGGGCAAUGGACUUCAUAGCCUACAAGUUAUUCUUGCUAUGAGGGGUUUAUCUCUGUUGAAAGUUGGUGGGAAAAUGAUAUACUCAACCUGCUCAAUGAAUCCAAUUGAGGAUGAAGCCGUUGUUGCUGAGAUUCUUCGAAGGUGUGGAGACUCUGUUGAACUUGUAGAUGUUUCCGAUAAGCUUCCUGAACUUAUACGAAGACCAGGUCUUAAGACAUGGAAGGUGCGUGAUAAAGGUGGGUGGUUUACUUCUUACAAAGACGUUCCUCAAAACCGUAGAGGCGGAGUUCUUGUGAGCAUGUUUCCUUCUGGGCAAAAUAUCAAGGACUCAACUGAAACAACGCAAGAAAAUGAGAAUGGUGGUGUUAACGGCUGUGAAGAUGGAUCCAAAGAAACUGUGGUGGAUGCUAUUCCUGAUGAACCAGUUGUUGAAGUCUCUGAUCUUCCACUUGAACGUUGCAUGAGGAUAGUGCCUCAUGAUCAGAACACCGGAGGCUUUUUCAUCGCCGUCCUUCACAAAGUUUCGCCCUUGCCAGAGUUUCAGGAGAAACCAAAUCCGAGAAAGCACCCAUCUACUAAAACUGCUGAUUCAACAGAAAAAUCUCCGGCUGAAGAAGCGGUUGUUACUGUUGAUGUUGAACCAGCAGAGAGUGCAGUUGAAAAAGUCACAGAAGCAAAUUCAAACAAUGAGAAAGACGAAAGCUUGGAGCCUGAGAAGAAAAACACAGAGGGAGAAAGCAUCACUGAAGAGAAAGAAGCCAAUUCAAGUAACGUGGGAGGCAAGAGAAAAGUACCGAUGCAAGGGAAGUGGAAAGGCUUCGACCCAAUUGUUUUCUUGAAAGACGAAACACUAAUCAACAGCAUCAAGGAGUUUUACGGAAUCAAAGACGAAUCAUUUCCACUGUAUGGUCAUCUCGUGGCAAGAAACACCGACACGAGCAGCGUGAAAAGGAUUUACUAUGUUUCGAAAUCAGUCAAGGAAGUUCUUCAGCUGAAUUUCGCAGUCGGACAGCAGCUUAAGAUCGCAUCUGUUGGUCUCAAGAUGUUUGAGAGACAAUCAGCAAAAGAAGGUUCAAGCAAGCCGUGCUCGUUCCGUAUAUCAUCCGAGGGGCUACCUGUGAUCCUUCCAUACAUCACCAAACAAAUACUUUAUACUCCAAUGGCGGAUUUCAAACAUCUUUUGGAAUACAAAUCGAUCAAGUUUCCGGAUUUUGUCAAUCCACAAUUAGGCCAGAAAGCAAUUGACCUUGUCUUGGGAUGCUGCGUGGUGAUUCUCAGCGACGGUGAAGAACCGGCGAAAGUGGAUGCAUCGACAAUAGCCAUCAGUUGCUGGAGAGGGAAGAACAGUUUGGGUGUUAUGGUCACUGCUGCGGAUUGUCAAGAGCUGCUUGAGAGACUUGCAGAGAGAACUACAAAAACCGAAGUUGGUUCGGUAAAUGGAAGCAAUGGUGAUCAAGGUGGUCCUCAAGCUAUGGAGACAGCUUGAAAACCCUUAAUAAACUCAUCAUAACUUCAUAUUUGUACUUCUCUGUUGUGUUUUUUAUUUAUUUAUUAUAAUUCACUUUCCUCCCUCCAAAUUUCUUUUUCAUAUAAGCACCAUGCAUGAUGACUUUUGAUGAAUGGAUGACAGACAAAAAAUGAAAGCUUUAUA